AUGAAUAAGACCAAAUUGAUAAAUAAAAAUCUGGGGUCCAAACAAUUAAACACAAAACCAAUUUUAUAUUCAAUACUAAUUUUAUAUUUAAUUUCAGUAUUUGCAUUACAUUUUUAUAAUAAAUUUAUAUUAGAAUUAGAAGCAUUAGAACCAAUGCCACCACCAAUUACAAAGAAAUUAACAACAAAAGAAGUUGUACAAAUCUUAUCUAAAUACACUCCUUGUGACGUAUCAGACUCAUUAAAUCAACAUGGUAUAAAAAAUGGUGGUUUCAUACCAAAUUUAGUUAACCGAUCACCGGUAUUAACAAGUCAUUCAAAACAAUCAGCCGUAGGUAAAGCUUAUACUGUAUUAUAUGCACUAAAAUCAGAUCCAAGACCAGCUGUUAAAGAAUCAUAUAUUGAUCAAGUGCCAGAAGAUUCCAUAAUUUUAAUUGGUCUACCAUUAGAUUUACAAUUAACAAACGCACCGUAUCAAAAAGUAAAUAACGCUUUAUAUGGAGGUCUAAUGUCAACAAGAGCUCAGUAUAGAAAAGCAAAUGGGUCCGUUAUUUUAGGUAGAAUAAGAGAUUUGGAUGAACAUAAUGAUUUAAAGUAUCCAGUCUGGUCUUAUGGAGUAGGUACAAGUGCUCCUGGUCCGUUAUUAAAAGUUGUUGGUAUAAAUGUUCCAAUUGAAAUUAAAAUUAAUUCAAUUGAUCCACAUAAAAAAGAAGAUCUUUUGGUUGUAAACCCCGGUGAUUAUUUGAUUUGUGAUAAGAAUGGAAUUGUUAAAUUGGAAGAUAAUGAACAAUUAAAUGAAAUUUUAGAUUAUAUACCAAAAAGAGUUGAUGCUGAUUUAAAGGUUAGUGAAGAUAUUAGAAAUGGUAAACCUGCAACAGAUUCUCAAAAAUUUUGGCGUGGAAAAAUAUAG